UUUCUGCUGAUAGAUCUGCAGUUUAUCUUAAACACAUAUCUUUAAUAGUCCAUUAAUGCCAAUUUAUGACCGAUUAAAAGUAGAAAGUGCGCGUUCCUUUGUAGAUAGAUGAUCGAUUAUCGUUUGGUAAGGUAAUAGCUUUUGGAAUAUCACAUUUCCUAGCCACUCAAUGUAUUAAUUACAACGGAUAUAUUUUAUCGACUUGUUACCUUACAAAAUCUUACUACAUGAUCUUUAUCGAUAAAAGGUUUUGUUUUUUUCCGCGGUGAUUGUAUCUCAAGUGUUUAGAAAUUGAUCAACCACGUUUUGUUCAUAAAAACGUAUCAAGUAUUAAAAUUGCGACAAAUAAGAAAGCUAAGAGGAACAUUAUCAUCGCGUUUGAAAUUGGAAAAUUCUUUUAUAGAGUACGAAGUAGUGAAUAUCUUAAAAGCAUAGACGAAUAAAAGAUCAGCGAUUAAAUAACAAGUAUGACUGAUGGGCUGAAUACACAGUCUAAUAAGGGAGAAGCUUGGAAGCUAAGAUUCUUGGAAUCUCUUGGACACAGCCUCCGUGAGCAACAGCGUUCCGGAUUACACUGUGACGUAAUCGUUAAAGUUGAAGGGGUUUCGUUCCAUUGUCACAAAGCGAUCUUAUGCGCGGUGUCCCCAUAUUUCACAGCCAUGUUUGCACAUGAUAUGAAAGAGUCGCGAGAAUCAGUGGUGACAUUUCACGAGACAAAAGCAGAUGUGUUUGAGCUACUACUGGAUCUUAUUUAUAAUGGUAGAGACAUUAUAACAGACGACAAUAUUCAAGAUAUGUUAGAAAUUUCAACCAUGAUGCAAAUAGAAGUAAUUAUAGAAAGGAUAGAAGAUUAUCUGAAGGAAAAACUCUCAGUUGAAAAUUUUAUAGAUAUUUGGUAUCUAGCUAAGAAAUAUAACUGCCAGCGCUUAGUUAAGUUCAUUUGGAAAUUUAUGACGCAACAUUUUGAAGAUUUGUCCGCAAGUGGAGAGCUUGAUUUAUUGCCCUAUGAUACUUUUGAAUCAUUGUUAGCAGACGAUAAUCUCGUUGCAAAAUCAGAAGAUGUCGUCUGCAACGCUGCUUUGAAUUGGCUGAUAGCAGACGACAAAAACCGUAAAGUUCAUACUUCAAAUUUGCUUUCUAUUCUCCGUCUGCCACUUUGUUCUCCGGAUUAUAUAAUGAAUAUAUUCAGCCAUUCAGAACAGGUUAAGCAUUUGUCAGAAGCUAUAUCUGCAUACCAAAAUGCUUUCAGAUACCGGAUGUGCUUGGCGCAGAAACAAAAUUACACGUCGAUGCAGACGACAAAUAGAGCCGGAAGUCGACAAGAUGAUGUGAUGGUUGUCAUAGGAGGAGCUGAUACUUCCGAAUAUUCCGGAUCAGGAGUGCGAUGCUACAGUUUUGGAAGAAAACAAUGGUAUACUUUACCACCACUUCCAAAAUCUGUAGGACCUUAUUACGCCAUGUGUACAUUUGGGGAUGACAUUUACGUUUCAGGUGGCCAAUAUCAUCGUGAAACUUUUCAUAAAUUUGAGUCAGCAACAUGCUCUUGGUUGCCAAUGGCAAAAAUGAUAAAUGGGAGGUACCAACAUGCUAUGGUUGCAGUGGGUGAUUCUAUUUACGUACUGGGUGGAGAAGGAAGCACAAAAAUCAAGGAAAUCGACGAAUAUCAGGUCAAUAAUGGAUUGUGGGAAAGUUCUGGGAAACUAGCAGAAGAGAUAUCUUACGCUAACGCAGCUGUGACAGGUCAGAAAAUAUUAAUCUAUGGAGGGAACAGUACCCACAGCGAAUAUAGUGACUCCGUUCAAAGUUUUGACACCUAUGCUAAACAGGUAACGCUUGUGACGUCAAUUACGUUACCAGGGCUGGGUUGUCACUCGGUCACGUGCGAUUCUAACGUGUACGUGAUAUCUGUUGACGGAAGAAUAUCAUGCAUUACGAACACCCAGGAAGUUUCAUUAAUCGGAAACAUUAAAAACUUUGACCCAAAAAGAUUUGCUGUUGUGCAGUUUAAGGGUAUAUUUUAUAUUGUGACUAGUUCUAGAAAGGUGAAGGACACGGAGGAAAUGUCAAAAGUUCUCGUGUUUGAUCCAUCUUCGCAUGACGUCAUAGACACAAUGAACAUACCUCCGGUUGGUAAAAUGCCCUGGCUUACAAGUGGAACCCGGCUAUCGUGUGCUAAAAUCUCCAUUGGUAAACACCAUUUACAAGAAGUUGUCGGAACCGGACACAAGGAGAGCACGUGAAUGCAAUGCAAAUAAGUAAUUCUAAUAACAUUCCAUGCAAAACUAAAACAGUUGAUAAUUCAGAAGUCUCAAUAUAUGCAUAUUAUACGUUAUUUAAACAGUAAAAAAACCGUUAGGAUCUUUGUAACAAGACUCCAACGUUUGUCUAAAAUUAUUAUAAACUUGUUUUUCAGUGAAAACUAGAAAGUCGUCAUUCAACGUGAACUUAACGUUUUUUAUUCUUCUGCUCUCAGGUCAGUUUUAAACAAAUAAAGCCAGAUAACCCACUAUAUUCUCAUUCUUGUUUGGGUAACGUAACAUUAAUGAGACACGUUAUUUAUUGUAACGUACGU